AUGCCAUCGCUGCCUCCCGGCAGCGCCGCCUCCUGUCAGCACACCAGCCCCGCCUCCCCACACAUUGCUUGUGAAGAGUCAGCGUUGCUGCUGAAGACGACGGGGCAGUUCUACUUCUCCGUGAUGACCAGGACGACGUUGCUAUCUAUGCUCGGCCAUAGGAAGUAUGGUGCUUGCAAAUUUGGCCAUGAACCGUUGAACUAUUGCGAAUUUGGCUGUGAAUCAUUUUGUAUAGAAAAUUAUAUGAAGUAUGAUGGGUCAGCUGUCAUUCCUCAGUUUGAAUAG